AUGUCAUUGAGAGCCCUGCUAUCGCUAUUGGUGGUGCUCGCAGCCAGUAGCUCGCAACAAACUCAGGAGUUUGAGGAUUCUAGCUCUGGAUCUUACCCACAAGAAGAAAUCCUACUGCCUACCACCCAUUCUUGGCUUGUACCGCCGGAUGAUUCGGGUCUGUUGGCGUCCUUGUUGGGGUCUGCGGAUCGACGGGAUCGAUUCUUUGUGGAAGACUUUGGGCAUCGAGUGGUCCAUUUCUCGAGCUCGGAUAUGAAGCUGCAGCUGCCACCCAGUCUUCAGAACAUUGACAUGCGGUUAUUGUACGAACACAGUCCCGUGACGCUACGCAAUCGCAGCAGUAUGGACAUUGUCGACAACCAAAAAAUGUCCUUUGACUCUUUCGAGUCCAUCAUCAACCAAGAGGGAGGAUCGGCUACCUUUGAAAUAUCCUCACUGCUAUCCAAAUACGCCCACAAUCCGCUUCUGCCAUUAAAACGACAAUUAGAACAUGCCUUUGGACUCGCCAUGAGCAUAAAUGUCUACCACAGUGGGCCAGGAGGCUCGGCUUUGAGGAGACAUACAGAUCGAUACGAUGUCUUGGUGGUUCAGUUGGAAGGUGCCAAGGAAUGGACUCUCUGCAUUCCACGGCCAGAUCCAUACGCUAUCACGGACGGUACCACCUUGACCCAAGCCGAUGCUGCAUCCAUUGCUGAUGCGGAUUGUAAAAGGGGGGACAAAAAAGUCUGUGGAGUCGACAUGAGCAGUACUGCAAGUUUUACCGACCUCAAGAAUUCGGCUUUCAUGUGUUGCAAGGACUCCAAUGUGACUCUCAAACAUGGCAUGGACUGCAGCCAAAUUUCAAUGCACAAGGGAGAUGCCAUGUACAUGCCACAGGGGAUUGUACAUUCGGCGCAAGUACCACCAUCGCAUCAAAGAUCCACUCACGCAGCCAUUGGAUUCAAGAAGGUCCCGUUUCGAUACGUAGACUUGCUGCUGACCUUUCUCCGUCUGGCUGGGUCUGUGUCAUCAUCCCCCGAAAUUUGGAAUCAACUCCAGCAAUGGCUAGAAAAGGAUAUUAUCGAGUCCCCUACAGCAGGAUUAUACUUUCGGAGAUUGUUGCCACCCUGGAUUUGGAGGUAUUACCAAGGGUGCAUCCUCCCAGCCACCAAACAAGCAACGGAGACGUCCCCCACAGCUCUGCCCGAAUGGGGAUGUGACCAAGAGAAGCAUCAGGAAGCCAAGCGCUUUUUGAUGAACAAUCUACAAAGCAUGCUCGUCCUCAUGCGAGAGUUGGCCCUCCAACAAGUUCACAACCCACCCAAGCACCCGUCUCCCCAAUUGCAGCAACUGAUGCCAGAAAACUUUCUAUUAGCUCAUGUUCUGGAUGGCAUAGUGCCAGUGCAGGCAGAGCAGCAGCACCUCCUAACGCUGCUUCUAGAGGACGCCAUCAAUGUUCAUCUACUGGAGAAGAUUGACAUUGGAACCCUCGAGCGAGAAGAACGAGAGAUCAUUGAACGCAAUGAAAAACUGUCUUUGGAGGCAAACAAGCUCUUGGAAUCUUUCUUUGGACCAAGCACCGGUAGUAAGUCCGGGGACAACAGCCUUGAGGAUGUGCUGGAAUCCUUGAAGAGCGAAAUGAAUAGCUUGAAAGCUAGACGCCGCGAAAACCGCCGUCAUCAUGCCAGAACAAGCUAG